CUAAUAUAUGACCCACCUUUUGUGGCUCCAUUUCAUUACAUAACUCCUCUCCGACUCCGAUUUACGAUUUUUCUCUGCAAAUUAACUUCACACCUGCUACAUCUCCAACCAAAAAUGACUCCAAAGCCACUUCCAUACAAAACCCGUUUGAUCAUCUGGACCAUCACCACCCUCAACGACGCCGCCAUCCGCCGCGACGGCACCACCAACCGCCGCUUCCUCAACUUCAUCAACAUCAAAGCUCCCGCCAACCCCAACCCCGUCAAAAACGUCAAAACCUACGACAUUACAGUGGACCCCUCACGCAACCUCUGGUUCCGCGUCUUCGAACCGGUCCUCGAGGACCCCCAAGACGCCCAGCUCCCCGUGAUCGUGUUUUUCCACGGCGGCGGCUUCACUAUACUGAGCCCUGACAGCAUGACUUACGACGCCGUUUGUCGGAGAUUUGCGAGGAAAGUGGGCGCGGUUGUGGUGUCGGUGAAUUAUCGGUUGAGCCCGGAACAUCGCUAUCCGGCUCAGUAUGAAGAUGGGUUUGAUGUGCUCGAGUUUCUUGAUGGUGAUCGGAAAGUGUUGCCGGAAUGUGCUAAUGUGUCGUGGUGUUUUCUUGCGGGGGAUAGUGCUGGGGGAAACUUGGCUCACCAUGUUGGAAAAAAGGCUUGUGAGGCUAAUUUUAGUCGAGUCAAGGUGGUUGGAGUAGUGGCAAUACAGCCAUUUUUCGGAGGCCAAGAACGGACUGAGAGUGAAAAGAUGAAAAAUCAGAUUUUCAUCACAACAAAACGAACAGAUUGGGCGUGGAAAGCUUUCAUGCCUGAUGGGGACCGUGAUCAUGAGGUGAUCAAUGUUAGCGGUCCAAAUGCAGCUGAUAUUACCAAAAUUAAGGAUUUUCCAGCAACUCUAGUGUUUGUGGGUGGUCUGGAUAUCUUACAAGAUUGGCAGAGGAAGUAUUAUGAAUGGCUCAAGAAGUCUGGAAAAGAAGCUUACUUGGUGGAAUACCCAAAUAUGAUUCAUGCGUUUUAUGUGUUUCCUGAGUUCCCGGAAUCUACAAUGCUAAUUACUGAAGUUAGAGAUUUUGUUCAGAAGCAGAUACAGAUUAAAUCGUUGAUGUAAGUAGUCAAGAAGCUUGAUGAGAUAGCAUUAUUGUUUUUCAAUGAUUUAUAAACAAUUAAUAUUUAUUUCUGUAUAACUCUAAGGUUGCUUCUACAAUAUGUUAUGGUUUUUAUCUCUA